AGAAAAUGAAAAAGAAAAAGUAAAAAUGUUUUAUCUUUCAUUCAUCAACAGAGUAACCCUAGCUUGCUGUAGCAUCGAAGAAUGUCAGGAGUGAAGAGAGCACUGAGGCAGUUCACCUUCGGAAAAGGCAAAACCGCCGGCCGUAACUCUUCCGGCCGAAUCACUUCCUUUCACAGAGGCGGCGGCGCAAAACGGUUACAACGAGUUAUCGAUCUCAAACGUAACACUUCUUCAUCCAUAGGUAUCGUCGAAAGAAUCGAAUACGAUCCUAACCGUUCUUCUCGCAUCGCUCUCGUUCGUUGGCUCAACGGUAUCCAUCCACCUCCUCAACGCCGCACCACCGCCUCAGCGGAGUCCUCCACCUCCGCGGCUUCACCUAGAGUCCUCCAUCUCGAUCCAUCGUCAACCUCCUUUAAUGACACUCGCGGCGUGCUUGGUUUGAACUCAUUGCUUCCGCAACUCCACGCAGGAGCUGCUUCCGGGAAGGUUUUCAUUUCUGCUUUUUCGUCGAAGACUAAAGAAGAUAAAAUUGAAUCCGUUCCGUUGCCGUUAGGGUUACCGAGGAUUGCUGUGGCGGCGGCGAGACCUGCAUUCUUUGGUACGCGGUUGAAAGGUGAGGAUGAGAAGUUGGAGAUUCGUAAUUGGAAGAAGAAUAGUGAUGUUUGGGAGCAUAGGAACAAACGGAAAGCGGCGAUUUCUUGGCAUAACAUUGCUUGAUUGUAAAAUUGAGUUUAUCAUUUUCAUUUUCGAAAGACUAAUUGUUGAUUAAAUUUUAGUUGGAAUUGAGUUUUUGCAUGUUAAAGCAUGAUUCAUAAAUUGAUGAUAUUUUAGGUUU